UUCUUUCGUCCCGAGCUUCAUUGCCUUAAGUCGAUCAAUUUUCUUUCGUUCAUUGCCGUUUCCUGGAGAUGUUUAAUCUCUUUAAUGUAUAAACGAAGACUUCUAUUAUUUUGAGUUAUCUCUCUUUUUCCGCUGACCAAAUCAAGUAGGCAGCAAAUGGAAAAUUUACCGAUAGAAAAGCAAAAGAAGUAAAUUUUAAUACGCCAGGUUGUCAUGAGAUGAAUUCUAGUGUCUGUUUAUUGUUAGUGAAGCAUUUUAUAUGGUAGCAGAAAGCGAACACCAUGACAAAAUUCAUAAUAUUUUUGUCCCUUGUUGUUUGUGUAAAAAUAUAUCCAACUUUGACGAAGUUGUGAUAGAUUUUUAAGUCGUUUAAGGCAACCAUACGUUUAACAAUUCAAUAUCUGUACCUAAAACAGCUGAUGGCCCUCCCGUUCUUGCUGCACCAGGACAUUGGGGCAGCUUUCCAGACGCUCACUGGCCGGGCCAGCACGGAGGAGCUGCAGAGUCGUGUGGCAAACAUGGAGAGACAGUGGAUGAGGAAUCCUCUCCUCCCACCAUCUGCCUGGUCCUUGUACCGAAUGCAAGUCCGCACUAACAAUAAUGUUGAAGGCUGGUACCAUCGGAUCAAUGGGAAGGCCGGACACCGAGGAUGUAGGUUGUAUGACCUAUGCCCUGUCCUUCUUCAAGAGGCACGUCUUGUAGAGGCCAAGAUCCACAGCGACAACCUGUGCAGGAAAAUCAUGCAGUCCACCACGACUGUCCAAAAGAACUUGACGAAGGCAUAGGACAAGUACGACGUCAGAGACGUUAAGUCAGUGCCGGACACUCCCUCUGCAUGUGCGGUUCGGUGUAUGCCAACGUUUCAAAGGGCUGAAAUUGAAGACAAUGGGACAUGUGAAAUAAAUUUCAGGGUGUGAAGCGAAAUUUUACAAUGUGAAGUGAUCUUCACAAAAUGCAAGAUUUCACCGUCAAUCACAUCCAUAUUCCAUUCUAUGCAAACAUAUUGUACCACAGGCACUUGUAUCGGAAAUGUUAACCAUAAUAAAUCAAGAAAUCUG